AUGCGUACUCGUGGAAGGAUAGUCCUUCGUGAGUGUGAAGAGCCAGAACUGGCGAAAAACAGUGUAGCCAUAGGUAUCCACCUAGGUCUAAUGCUCGGUUUUCUUGAUGGUAACGUCGAAAGUGUUCUUAUAGUCUUCACGGAUCGAUGUCAAGACCCAAGUAGUGAGCGUGGGAUGCCUACAGUACCCUGUUCUACAGUUUGCAUAUCACUUCUGGAGCCCGACGUUGAAGCUGGUGUUUUUAUUGGUUACAAACAUAUUCGUGGUUGUAUGGAUCGAGUGUUACGGCACGGUUUUAACCAGACUGCUCUUCGUACGCACCGAUUUCAUAACCAUAACCAUUGCCGAACUUUAUCAAGAGCUCAUUUAUUCAAUCCAGCUCGUGCUACUGAUCCACCUGCUAUUGGAGAUGUUCAACUUUGUAGUUGUUACGGAGAUCGAUGUAAUGGAAGUAAUCAAGCUCAAUUAGCAAGUACUCUAGUCUCCCUUGUGAUAGCAGUUAUCUUUUCAUAUAUAUUUCAAUAA